AUGGCCAUUUUUACAGCUCCUCGCUCCUUGAACAAUGUCCUCGCCCAGGACCCUUUUGGGUCCAGCCUUAUCGCAGGCGCCAACAUGCAAAUCCAAGCUAGCCACCCUUCCUUUUUCCACCUCGUCCUACUCGUCUUCGAAGCUGUCUUGGAGGUAGUAUGCGUCUCUUUACCAGGCUACCUCGUAGCCCGACAAGGGCUCUUUGACGCUGAAGCCCAAAAGUUCGUCGCGAACCUGAACGUGAUGCUCUUCACUCCUUGUCUGAUCUUCAUCAAGCUCGGCUCCCAAUUGACCGCGGAGAAACUCACCGAUCUCGCGAUCAUCCCUGUGAUCUUCAUUGUUCAAACUGCCGUGUCCUACUCGUGCGCAUUUAUUGUCACACGAUGCUGUGGUUUCAGGAGACGCCAGUCCAAUUUUGUGACUGCGAUGGCGGUGUUCGGCAACUCUAAUUCCCUCCCAAUCUCCUUGGUGAUUUCACUCUCAGCAACCUUGAAAGGCCUCCAUUGGCAUCGCGUCCCAAACGAUAAUGACGAUGAAGUCGCCGCCCGCGGUAUAUUGUACCUCCUCAUUUUCCAACAGCUAGGUCAACUUGUACGGUGGAGCUGGGGGUACCAUGUUCUCUUAGCGCCGAAGGACCGGUACCUCGAGGAGGAGGAACGCGAAGAGACAGGCCAAACCGUGAUUGAACAGGGCCAAGCUCGCUAUACCGAUAACCCGAUACAAACGGACCCCGAUGAGCCGCUGGUGCGCACCCGCAGCUCCGAAGAUCACCAUCAUGCAUCCAACGGCCAUGCAGACGGCGGAAAUUUCGAAUCCGGAGGUCAAACUCCGGUAUCAAGUCGGGCUUACAGCUACAGCAAGGUCUCCUCCACACACUCCGACGAGGAGCCCGACUCUGACGAUCCACCAUCUGUCAUCGGACCACCACCUAUGGGUCCCUUCCUCCCCCGACCCAGCACAGACGGCAACAUUCUCCUAUUCCCCGAUGUAGAAGCCACAGCUCGAGAAACCCACCAGACGAAACAAACCUACGCUCAGCGUUUCAAAGCAUCUAUCCGCCGACGCAGCUCCCACUUACGCCGCUUCUUCUCCCAAAAAAGCGAUGCACUGUACGCCCGUCUCCCUACAAAGGCGCAAAAGACCAUCUCAUGCACCGCACGGUGGAUCUGCCGCUUCUUCCGCGGAGCAUGGGACUUCAUGAACCCUCCCCUGUGGGCCAUGCUAGUCGCCAUCAUCAUCGCCUCGUUCCCAGCACUCCAGCACCUCUUCUUCGACGACGGCACCUUCAUCCGCAACUCUGUAACACGAGCAGUGGAACAAAAUGCCCAGGUUGCUGUUCCGCUGAUCCUAGUCGUGCUAGGCGCUAAUUUAGCCCGGAACACGCUGCCGGAGGAAGCGCUCGCUGACAUCGAGCAUCCAAAGGCAGAGCAGAAGCUCAUUAUUGCCUCUUUGCUUGCACGGAUGUUUCUACCCACGCUUAUCAUGGCGCCGCUGUUGGCGUUGAUGGCUAAGUUCGUCCCGAUAAGCAUUCUGGAUGAUCCUAUCUUUAUCAUUGUCUGCUUCUUGCUUACUGGUGCACCGUCGGCAUUGCAACUUGCGCAGAUUUGCCAGAUCAAUAAUGUCUACGUUGGUGCUAUGUCUAAGCUUUUAUUCCAGAGCUAUGUUGUUUGGAUUCUUCCUUCAACUCUCAUCCUCGUCAUGUGUGCACUCGAAGUCCUGGAAUGGGCCGCCUAA